UUUAUCUCUCUCGGCCACAUUGCAGUAGUGUUCCGCUCUCCAUACUAAAUAGGAAACUGGACGUGAUGUGGAAUUAGAGCCUACCCAGCUGAAGCCACCCAACACUUACUACAAAUAUAGCCGCGAUGCGUAGGCCACAAAAUGGCUCCACUCACUUUUCCCAGUGAAAAGCAAAUGGAUUUAGCAGUUUUAUCCCGAUGCGGGUGUCCUUCCUCUCUGUAAAGUCGUAAGUACCCUGAGGUGGGAGGAGUAAAUUCAGCCUGACACUGAGAGCGCUUUUGUUGAAACAGGAGAGACUUGCGGUGUCCCUACUUAAAUAUGACACAUGACGAUGGACAGGCCGCCCGCCCCGCCGCCCCCCAGUGACCCCCGCGAUGCCCGCCCCCCCCGGCGGCACGACUCGGAAGCGGAGACCACGAGCGAGCCGGAGAGCAGCCGCGGGGGCAUGGAGGCGCCGGCGGACCCCCAGCUGCUGCUCAACGGGGCGUCCAAGGAGGCGGGCCGGCCCUCCCCCGGGCCCCCCGCCGCCCCCGUGCCCGUCAUCGAGCUGGUGCGCCGGGGGGGCUCCCUGGACAUAAAAAGCCGGGAGGCGGCGGGGGAGGCGAUGCAGAGAGCGCCGGGCGCCGAGCCGUGCCGCGCCGCCGAGGCCGCCUGCGAGGCCCGCAUGGUGCAGCUGAGCCCCCCCGCGCUCCCGCUGCAGCCCCCCGGCAGGGCCAUGCUCUACAACCUGGGCCAGCCGCUGGCCACCAUCAACAGCGGGUUUUUCGGCGAACCGGACUCCUUCUCCAUGUACGGCAGCAACCGGGUGAAGAGGAGACCUUCUCCCUACGAGAUGGAGAUCACCGACGGUCCUCAUACAAAAGUGGUUCGUCGCAUUUUUACCAAUAGCCGGGAGAGGUGGAGACAGCAGAACGUCAAUGGAGCCUUUGCAGAGCUCCGCAAGCUCAUCCCCACCCACCCACCCGACAAAAAACUGAGCAAGAAUGAGAUUUUGCGCCUGGCUAUGAAAUACAUCAACUUCCUGGCCAAGCUGCUCAACGACCAGGAGGAAGAAGGAAACCAAAGGGGCAAAGUGAACAAAGACUCUGGCAUAGUCCAGGAAGACCUCCUGCAGGACAUGUUGUCUCCUAACUCUAGCUGUGGAAGCUCUUUAGACGGAGCGGCAAGCCCAGACAGCUUCACGGAAGAGCACGAAACGCUAGAUUCGAAGCACACGCGGAGCCUGCACCACGCCAUUCUCCCCGUAGAAGGCAACGCGCAGCGGUGAUGACCUUCCGCAUCGCUCCCGAAGCACCGAGGGGGGGGCGAGACCCGAGCGUGCAGAUGCUGGAACUUGUGCCCGUGGGAUUUGUAACUCUGCCUUUCCCCGGUGGCUCGGGCUCCCCGUCCUCCCCAGCCCGGGAUGGAGCGGCUGGCGCGUUGGCCGAGGACAAGACCAAACCAGAUGGAUGUUCGGCAUUUAGGUACGUGAUCGUACAAAGAAGAAAAGCAUUGAAGUCAUCUUCAUUGUACAUACUGCUCAUGGUGUGACUCUGCGGAGGGGCAGGAGGCGCGGCCAGCACCUCUCCAGCUUUUAGAGGGUUUUCAGACCAUUUGAUGACAGUUGUUUUUUAAACAGUCCCCUGGUUGAGACGUGAAACUCCUCUUUCACUGCUGGCAGAGGCCACCAACACUUUCUAGCUCCAUGUGGCGCUGGAGACUGCUGAAACCUGCCGGCGCUACAGCAUUUCUCCAGCCUGUGGCAUAUACAGCUGGUCUGAGCAGGAGCGGGGCCACGUGUUCCUGAUGGCCAAGAGCUUAUGACUGUAUCUUUUUAAAGAGGUGAAAAAAUGCCCUCAGCAAAAGAACUAUUAAAAGGAUUAAGACUUUUUCUUUUUCUCUCUUUUUUUUUUCUUUUCUUUUCCUUUCCCCUUCUUCCUUUCCCUUCUACCUAACUGGAUUGUUUGGGGUUGUUGUAUUUAUGACGUGGGAUUACUUCUGUUUAACGCUGUCAUGCAGUAUCCACUGAACGAAAAGGUACAUAGAUGUUUUCUGCCACCCUCCCGGGCCCUGGUUUUUCUGCUGGUAAUGCUCAGCGAGUGAGCUCCAAGCCUGUUGUGUUCUUCUAGAGUUUUCCCAGCGGUUUCUGUAGGGCCAGAGCUUCUCUCAAGGAAGAUAAAUUUCAGAAUUGGUAAGAGAAAAAAAAAAAAAUUGCUAGUGAAGCAUCCCCUUGAAUUGGGGGAUUUUUAAAUUCAAAAAGCAACAAAAAGGCAAAAGGAGUCGAUGAUGCAUCAACAGUGCGUGUGUACAUAGGGUUAUAAAGGGAUUUUAAUGGUA